AUGUCUUCUCAACUAUCCGAUGCUCAGCCUGCGCUCCCAGUAACUGAAACAACAUUCAGUUCGUAUGACCAGAACCAAGGCAAAGCCUACGCUCAUGCCCGCCCCGAUUAUGAUCCCGGUGUAUAUAAAGCAAUUAUAAACCACCACAAGUCAACAGGAGGUCAAUUCGACACUGUUGUUGAUGUUGGUUGUGGUCCUGGCUCGGCUACACGAGGACUUGCUCCGUACUUUACCAAUGCCAUUGGACUCGACCCCUCACAGGGCAUGGUUGCAACUGCCCGUAGCUUUGGCGGUGUUUCCUCCGCAUCACGGCCUAUUCGCGACUCAAGCGUCGAUCUCAUUACAGCAGCAAACGCUGCCCAUUGGUUUGACAUGCCAAAGUUCUGGCUGGCAGCCGCCCGCAUCCUCAAACCUGGUGGCACAGUUGCGCUAUGGACGAGUGGUGAAAUUCGCGUCCACCCAUCCAUGCCAAAUGCGGCUGCACUUCAAGCUGUUUUUGACGAGCAUACAGAAACUUAUCUGAAACCGUUCCAUGUGCCGGGCAAUUACAUGGUGCGCAGCGGAUAUGCGGAUCUCGGUUUACCAUGGUCGAUCGCACAACCAGUCGAAGCAUUUGACAAAGAGAGUUUUGUACGAAAAGAUUGGCCAGCAGGAGAGAAAUUUGUUGUAGGGGAGUCUGAGGUGGAUUUAGACACAUUUGAGAAAAUCAUUGGAAGCGGCAGCCCUCCGACGCGAUGGCGCCAAGCUCACCCGGAGGCCGUUGGUACGGAGAAUGAUGUUGUGAGAAUUCUUCGGAGAAAAAUUGAACGCGUGCUGCGAGAAAGUGGUGUGGAAGAAGGGAAAGAAAGAAUGAGAGGGACCAUUCAUGGUGUCAUGUUGUUCGUAAAGAAGAGCGCUUAA